CGAAUGGUGGUCGUGGUCAGAGCAUCGAACAGAGUGUGGUUGCGUUCAGUUGCGUUAGUUGGCGAGUAGCGUUCAAGUUGAGUGUGUAGCUGGUAGUGUUUUUGUUUAUGGUCUGGCCCAUCCCAGUACGCUGUGAAUGUGUUUGCCGUAUUUCCAUAAAUACAUCCACGAAUCGGCCCUUUUCCGCAACCUACUUUUACAUGAGCUGAACGCCCAAUAGAAUAUAACUGCAACAAGGAAUUAUGCCAGAAGAAAAGAAAAUGGUCGUCAAUGACAACGACAACAAUUCGACGUCGUCUCCGGCGAAACGCGCCAAGACGACGGCCGCCCGCGCCGGACCCAACGCCCAGGCCCAAGUCACAAUGCUCGAUGGUGUUGUUGUAGACGUUUUCAUCGAGAGAAAAUCUAAAGGACAAGAACUGUUGAACAAAGUGUGCGAAGCCAUCAAUCUCAUUGAGAAGGACUACUUUGGUUUGGUGUACGUCGACAGGCACGAUCCGAGGAAUUGGCUGGAUCUGGACAAGCGAAUAACCAAGUUCAUGAAAAAUGAACCAUGGAAGUUCAGCUUCGAGGUGAAAUUCUAUCCACCGGAUCCAGCGCAACUGCAGGAGGACAUCACGCGUUACCAGCUGUGUCUGCAGAUCCGAAACGACAUCAUCAACAAUCGUUUGCCCUGCUCCUUUGUCACUCACGCCCUUUUAGGCUCUUAUUUAGUCCAAUCGGAGUUGGGUGAUUUUGACAGCGCCUCCAUGGAUGGCACCUAUCUGAAGGAUUUCAAGUUCGCGCCCAACCAGACGCAGGAGCUUCAGGAUAAAGUUAUGGAGCUGCACAAGACCCACAAAGGACAGAAUCCAGCUGAGGCCGAGCUCCACUACCUGGAGAACGCGAAGAAGCUGGCCAUGUACGGCGUCGAUCUGCAUCCUGCCAAGGACUCGGAGGGUGUCGACAUCAUGCUCGGUGUUUGCGCCUCCGGACUCCUGGUAUACCGCGAUCGGUUGCGCAUCAAUCGCUUCGCCUGGCCGAAGAUCCUGAAGAUCAGCUAUAAGCGGCACAACUUCUACAUCAAGAUCCGUCCAGGUGAAUUCGAGCAGUUCGAAUCGACCAUCGGUUUCAAGUUGGCCAAUCAUCGGGCCGCGAAGAAGUUGUGGAAGACAUGCGUGGAGCACCACACUUUCUUCCGUUUGAUGUCGCCGGAGAACAACCAGAAGUCCUCGCUGUUCCCUCGUCUCGGAUCCAAGUUCCGCUACUCGGGACGCACCCAUUACGAAACGAAGAAGACGCCCAUCGAGAGACCAGCACCGCAAUUCGAACGUUCCUUAACCGGACGUCGCCUUGCCUCUCGCAGCAUGGAUCCACUUGGUGGAACUCUUCCCGAAGACGAUUAUAACGAAGCAAACAAGAGACACACCAUGUCGCAUCCUCCGGAACACAUUCCGGACAUCGACAGUCCUGCAAGAAGCAAAUCACCGAAGGAGAAGAAGGACAAGAGCAAGGAAAAGCUGGCUCGGAGAGAUAGUGCAGGGACGGCGUCGUUAAGCUCGUCUAGCUCGGUGGAGGGUCACUACGAGGCAGAUGAAAACAGCGAAAAGAAGCCGGUGGGAGGAGUCGCUGUGCUGCCUUCCGGUGGUCUCUUCAAGAAGAAGGACGACAAGGACAAGGAGAACCACGACCACAACGCAACGCCAGAGCAGAACGGAACCGAUUCCGAUCUGAACUCGAGCGGAGAGAACGAGAAGUCCCCCAAAAAGAGUCCUGGUUUCCUAUCGUUCGGUUCGAAGCGAGACAAGUCUCCGAAAAAGGCGGACGCUGCGAAGGAGAUGGCAGGACACACGAAGCCCUACGAUUACGAAACUUCGGAGAAGCCACAGUCGCCGAGGAAACCUUUUACGCAGGGAUUCUCGUACGAGAACCAGCCUGGGAACAGAGGUGACGGUGCUGAUGAUCAGCAAUCGCCCACCACCAAGAGGGAAACGGGUUUGGCCUUCAACUAUGCUCCAGGUGGUGAUGAUCAGGUGAAGGCUAAGGGCAAGGAACUAUCCCCGACGAGUGCAAGAGGCCCGAUGGCUCAGCAGCAACAGCAAUACAAGCUUGCAGAUCCGAAGGACGACAGCGCCGCUUUUCUUGCUGGAGAACUGUACAACAAAGAACCUGCAUCUGCUGCCGUUCCUGUAGUAGCACCAUAUCUUGGAGAUCCCAAUAAUACAAAACCGGUGACUCUGUUCGUCCUUACCGGCAAGAAGAAUCCAUUGCAGAAUUUGGAAUCCGAUAUUUGCACCGGAAAACAAUACCUUGACACUGGUUUGAUCGAAUCCAAAUACGGCAUCAUCGAUCCCAAGAAGGGUACUGUUUUCGUUAAGGAUCCUUCUACCGGUAAAGAAGAACUAGUGCAGGGUCUUCUCGAUCCGAUCACUGGGCAAAUUGUCAUUACGAAUGGAUCGGUGUACGAUCCUGUCGCCAAUAAGUUGAAUCCACAUAUGGGUCAGGUCAUCUCCAUUUGCGAACAGAUUCCUGCUGGUCAACCUAAGCGCCGUAUUGUGAAAAUCAAAGUAAUUACUGCUAAGAAAGAUCCGAAAACCGGUCGCAUUGAAGCGGAGAAAGGUACAAGCGAAGAUCUUGAUGCUCUCAUCGACCCGACCACUGGACGCAUUAUGACCAAGUACGGAACCAUUGAUCGCGCCAGCAAAAUGAUAAUCACCAGCAAAGAUACGAGACCGAUCGAAAUCGAUGACAAUCUUUCUCAGAUUGUUAUCAACGAUGGUGUAGUUGAUAAAUCCGGCAAAGUAGAUUCGCAUUUGGGUCAAUUAAUAUCAUUAGCCGAUGAGGAUUCCAUCGUGCCGAUAACUUCUGUCACUGCAGAAAGAGAUCGUGCCACGGGAGCUUUGAAUCCGACUAAGGUACAUAAGGAAACAACUAACGGAAAAUGGAAUCAGAAAAGUGGUGAUAUUGUCACAAAAUAUGGCACCAUCGACAUGAAGAACAAGAAAAUUAUUAACAGAACUCCAGACGGAAAUGUCUCUGAAAGACCGAUCCAAUUGGACGGCCAAGGUAAUAUUAUAAUAUUAUCUGACGUCGUCGAUCCGAAGACCGGUAAAAAGGACAGCAAUCUCAGCCAAAUCCUGCAAAUCGGCAGCGAAGCGGAUCCUUCCGUCACGGUAACUUCAAUGGCCGGAAAGGUUGACAAUAAGAAAGGAUUGGAUGUUAAGAACUCCACAAGCGAAGAUUCCAUCGGAUUAUUCGAUCCCGAUACCGGAAAGGUGUAUACCAAAUACGGAAUUUACGAUCCUGUUAACGAGACGUUGACAUACCAAGAUCCGAAGACUGGUAAAACUGAGAGUAAAAGUGGCAGCAAAGACCCGGCUACCGGAGCCACCCUCUUCAAGGGACUCUUCAAUCCAAAAACGCAAAAGCCCGACAACAAUUACGGAAGAGUUAUCAAAAUUUGCUUGGUGAAACCGGAAGUUGAACCAGAAGUGAACAUCCAACCAUUGCCUAUAGAGACUGCGUCUAAAACUAAGAAGGUUGAGGAAUCUUCUCCUGUGAAAGCAGUACCUCAGAAGAUAAGCGAAGAGCAGAAACCGAAGGAGGGUAAAUUCGUCAAACUGAUGGUCGUGACAUGCAAGAAAGACCCGAAGACUGGUGUACUGAAUUCUGAAACUGGAGUCGUCGAUCAGUCGGUAGGAGUGUUGAAUGAUAACGGCGACAUAGAUUCCAAAUACGGAAUAAUAAAUAAGGCCAAAGGAACCUUAACCAUAACCGAUCCGUUGACCGGAAAACAAGAAGUUGUCCAAGGCAAGUUCGACAAGGCUACAGGGCAGCUCGCAUUCUACGGUCCGAUCAUCGAUCCAAAAACGUUCGAAAAGGACGAAACUGCCGGACAGAUCAUCACGAUCGUCGAUAGCGUUUCACCAAUAAAUCAAAAUAAAAUUCCGAACGCCCUCAGCUCGCACACGAUCCCCAAGAAAAGGAUCGUCAAGAUCUUGGUGAUCACCGCAAAGAAGGAUCCGAAGAGCGGAAAGAUUGAAACCGAAAAGGGAACAGUCGAGAAAUUGACGGGUGCUGUCGACCCAGUAACCGGCAUCAUCGAAACCAAGUACGGAAAGAUCGAUCCGAUCAAUGGUAAAAUUGUGCAGACCGAUGGUAAAGGUAAACCAGUCGUAUCUCCAAUACAAAUCAACGAGAACACCGGUCAGAUAUUCAUUGAUUCGAACGUGGUGGAUCCCAAGACGGGCAAAGUCGAUCCGACAUUCUCGCAGGUGAUGAAUGUCGUCGAUCCGAAGGAACCGGUAUACACCAUCAACACAGUGUCAGUAAAGAAAGAUCCGGCCACCGGAAAAUUGGAUUUGGAAAAUUACAGGACCGAAACUACCAAUGGAAAACUGGUACCAGAAACUGGAGAGAUCAUCACCAAGAACGGAACAAUUAAUUUGAAGUUGAUGCGCAUCACCAGCAAGGAUCCGAAAACUGGAGAAAUCAAAGAACGUCCAAUUGGAAUCGACGGUGAUGAUAAUAUCGUUAUUUCAACGGGCGUCGUCGAUCCGAGAACUGGAAAAGUCGACCCGAACAUGGUACAGCUCGUAAAGAUGUUGGAUGAGGUCGACCCAGAGAUUCAGGUCACGACGUACGUCGGUAAAUUGGAUUCCAAGAAAAACGUGAUCGAUUCCAAGCACGCUCACGCUCCGGAAACUUCGACAGGUUUGUAUGAUCCGGAGAAGAAUGUAAUUUACACCAAAUACGGCUUAUUGGAUCCACUUGCUGAAACUCUGAUGGUAACAGACCCGAAGACUGGUAAAUCCGACGUUAAAGUGGGCCACAACGAUCCCAAUACCGGGGAAAUCGUUUUUAAGGGUGGUUUUGUUAACCCGAAGACCGGUAAAGUUGAUAGCCACUUCGGAAGAGCUCUUUCCGUCCAUAUUACAGAGCCAAUUGUUGAUAACGUAACAGCACAGCAGCCCAUAGGUAAAGACAUUCCACGUUCCGCAAAGAGGGAUAAAUCUCCUGUUAAACCGAAGCCAGUUGUUGCACCGGUCGUGCCACCGCCAAAACAACCAUCUCCCAUCAAGAAACAAUCAUCUCCUGUGAAACAACAGCAGUCCUCGUCGCCAGUUAAGACGCAGACCAUCGGAGCGGAUAUUCCCAAGCACCGUUUGGUUCGAAUCAUGGUUAUCACCUACAAAAAGGACCCGAAAACUGGAUUGGUAGAUAUGGAGAAUGCCGUGGAGGAACAACUGACUGGAGUGUUGGAUCCAAACACAGGUUUGAUCGACACAAAAUACGGCAUCGUCGACCCCAAAACUGGAUCGAUCCUUACUAGAGAUCCGAUUAGUGGACAGACGGAAGUUGUGAAAGGACGUGUAGAUCCUACGACAGGACAAAUCUAUACCGCAGCAAAUAAAAUCCGUGACCCCAACACUGGAAAAGUGGAUUCGAAUGUGAGCCAAAUCUUCUCUGUUGUCGGCUUGAAGCAGGCCCAAGACCCUACCGUUCCAGCGGCACCGAGGAAGAGAUUAAUUAAAAUCUUUGUGAUCACCGGAAAAGUCGAUCCGAAGACUGGAAAAAUUGAUCCUGAGAAGGGUGUGGUCGAAGAAUCCACAGCUUACCUGGAUCCUAUCACCGGUUUGAUCGAGAGCAAGUACGGUCUGAUCGAUCCUAAGACCAACAAAAUUCUUAUCAACGAUCGCAAAACCGGUAAAGUUGAAGGCAAAUCGGCAGAGAUUGAUGAAAAUUCUGGAGUAUUCACAAUUUCCAAGGAUGUGUGCGAUCCAAAAACUGGAAAGAUCGAUCCAUCCUUCGCACAAACCAUUCAGAUCACCGGACAAGCUGAUCCCAUCGUUGAGAUUACUACUAUCACAGCCAGAAAGAAUCCACAGAAUCCUAACGAAUUCGAUUUGACGAACGGUCAAAUGGAUUCCAGCAAGGCGAAGAUCAACGCUGCUGCAGGAGAUAUCGUCACAAAGUUUGGAUCUAUCAAUUUGAAAUUGAUGACCAUCACAAGUCUGGAUAAGAGCGGCAAACCUGUGACCAGACCCAUCGUUCUGGACAAAGAUGGUAACGUGAUCAUCACCGAUGGAGUUGUUGAUCCGAAGACGGACACUGUUAAUCCCAAUUUGGGUCAGGUCAUCACCAUCGGAGAGGAGAUCGAACCUGCGGUUCAAGUAGUCGCUCUCGCCGGUAAAAUUGAUUCCAAGAAGAAUACAAUCGAUACGAAGAAUGCCCAACCGGAUCUCUCCUCAGGUUUAUAUAAUCCUUACAAUCACACCGUUGACACGAAGUACGGUCAGAUCGAUCCCAUCAACGGCACCCUAACCUUCACAGAUCCUAAAACCGGAAAGCAGGAAAUUAAACAGGGCAUUGUUGAUGCGAACUCUGGGCAUAUCAUUUUCAAGGGACUUGUGAAUCCGAAGACGGGUAAAUUCGAUCCGCACUAUGGACGCAUCAUUUCCAUCUUAAUCUCACAACCCAAAUUGCAAGAGAACGGCGAAGUGGCUACAGGGGAUCUGAAGAACAUCAAGAUUGAUCCGAAAACCAAUCAAGUGUGGACUUACGACCACGUCGAUCCGAUCACAAGGAAAGAGGUUUACUCCACCGGACAAGUGGAUCCCAUCACCGGGUACAUCAUUACCAUUUACGGUUAUCUGGACCCGAAGACUGGAAUCGUCUCCAAAUAUAAUAAAUUCGAUCCGUCCACAUCUGUCGUUGACCCGGAAACAAAGCAAGUUUUUUGUAAGACAGGUCAAGUGGAUGAGACCGGUGCACCGUUGUAUUCAGUGAGCGAAAUCAACCCGAAGACCGGCGAAAUAUAUACCAAAUAUGGUAAAAUUGAUCCGAAGACAGGUAGAUUGGUGAUUAUCAGGGUGUACUUGAUCACGCAAACGGAUAAGCCGAGGGAGAUCGAUCCGAACGAUUGCGAGGUUGAUGAGAGGACAGGAAAGAUCCUGAAGGUGACCACGUCAACUGUGUACAUGUACAGCAUGGUCGAUCCGAAGACCGGUAAAAUCGUACAGGUGGAUCGUAAUGAUCCUCUGGUGAAGAGUGCGAACACCAAGGUAACGCAGGUACUGACUUUGACCGGAGAAAUUGAUCCAAUUACUGGUAAAAUCCAUACGGAAUGGGGCAACAUCGACCCGGAAACAGGAAACAUCGAUCCGGAAACAGCGAGAACCGAUCCAGUAACCGGAGAGCUGAUCCUCAACUACGCCCAGAUCGAUCCGUCACAUUUCAGCGACUUGAAGAACACCCGGGUCAUCAUGGAAUCCGGAGAUGAGAGUAGCGACGACGAUCUGAACGAAUACGGAACGGACAAUCUGCGUGAUCUUGCGAGCCUCGGCACGAAGACGGGUCCUGUCGUUGUCAAGACGACCACCAAGCAAGUCGUCACGAAAGAUAGGGGCGGCGUCACCCAGAACAUCGAGGAGAAGGUCGAGGACGGUCGAACCGGUGAGGUCACGAUAUCCACGCAGGUGAAUAAGGCGGAUGUGUCGGGUGAAGAUGGAAAAUCACCAUUUGUGACGGCUAGGGCAGUCACGACGCGCACAGCCACCACUCACGAAGACACUCACGCACGCACUCAGCAAUUAGAAGAGAAAACUGUGGCGCACUCGAUGACCUCAAGUGCCACCAGGCAAGAGCAGAGGACGGUAACGCAAGAAGUUAAGACCACGAGUACAGUGGUAAGCGGCGAUCAGCUGGGCCGCAGAGAUAGCGUAAGCUCGACGAGUUCCGGUGAUUCCGGAACCCCAAUCGACCCACCGGAUGACCCCAACCACCCAUACUACGAUAACGUUUUCCACAAGGCUGUUCCAGAAGGAAUCGUGCAGACCGAGAGCAUCGUUUACAGCGGCGAUCCAAACGUGACUCGCACCUCAACGACCAACGUUCCUGUAGUUGCGACGGAAGCAAGGAAAGUUCACCUCAAAUCCGAUGAUGGUAGUUAUUCUGCUACAGGAGAGAUCGUCAGCUCUCAGACAAUCUCCUCCAAGACGAGGACCGUGGAAACGAUCACCUAUAAAACCGAGAAGGAUGGCGUGGUAGAAACACGCGUCGAGCAGAAGAUCACCAUCCAGUCGGACGGUGACCCAAUCGAUCACGAUCGUGCCCUUGCUGAAGCUAUACAAGAAGCAACUGCGAUGAAUCCGGACAUGACAGUCGAGAAAAUUGAGAUUCAACAGCAAGCGGCUCAGCAGCAACAACAACAGGAGCAGCAAUAAUUAUUGAUCAGUAAAAGCAUCUAGGAUAUUGCUUACUUCUGCGAACUUAAUUAACACAUAAAAUUGAUAUGCUCGAUGUCAUCUUUUGUCUAUUGAUUGUGGUAUAUACAUAUUUUCUAUUCGUUUUACGGCAUUUCUUGGGUUCGCACAUACAGUUAUUUACGCUUUACAUAUUACUAAGUAUAGUAGUAAUACCAAUUGUUUAUUAUUACUGUUCUGUACAUUCGGUCUCGCCACAGCGGAACGCGCUACUAAUCCUUAUUUUCGCGCCACUUUGUGUAUAGUCGUCUCCCUUUAGCAGCUUAUUACUUCUAUCUAAACGUCACGUCACAUUGAACACCUCCACUCCAGGUGCUUGUCUAUACUAAGAUGUAUAUUAUAUAACAAUAUUAUUACGUAAAAGACGCGAAAUUCACACGAAUUCAAUAUCUGCGUGCUAUGUGUAAGAAAAAAACAAAUAAAAUUAAUUAAAAAAAAAGAAGCUCUACG